AUGAAAGGCAUACAGAAUUCGGGAAUAAUCAUUACAGUAGCUCCAUCUUAUUCAGCGAUUCGUUACGGAAUACUGCGAAUAACACCAGGCUCAUUGCGGUGUAAACUGUACUGUAGAGGCACGAACUGCAAAUAUUGCUCGUGGAAGUCAUGGUCUACCAAGCAACAAGCCAUCCAUGGCCUUUACUCUUCAUGGAUAACCAAAAAAAUCAUAGCCAUGUCCCGGCCAACUGUUAAGACAUUUGCUGUGAAUAAUCUAAUUACUCAACUGCAUAGAACAAGUAUAUGCACGGUCAUAAGUCUUCAAAUGCCCGGUGAACAUGAGUCUUGUGGGCCAAAACUACUUUCAUCUGGUUUUACAUACAAUCCAGAAGAAUUCAUGCAGAAUGGAAUUCAGUUUUACAACUUUGUUUGGCCUGAUUUUGGUACGCUUGGAAUCGAAAUGCUCCUAGAUAUCGUAAAAGUUGUUCAUCUUUCAUUAAAAUUAGGAAAAGUAGCUAUACACUGUCAUGCUGGUCUUGGCCGAACUGGUGUUGUUAUUGGUGCCUAUUUAAUUUGGGCUAAGAAUUACACAUAUGCAGAAGCCAUUGGUUAUGUUCGAAACGCUAGGUGCAAACAAACUUCUAAGAGACUAGAUCAAAACAUGCCAAAUUCAGUUCAAACUAAAAAGCAGAUUAAUUUGAUGAGGAAGUUUGAAUUGUAUUUGGAAAAAAAUGGUGCAGCUUUGCCAGAAGCAGGAAGGAUGCAUUUGAGCGACUAUCUGAAAAUACAAAGGCAAAUUCUUUCAAGUGGUCAGGCUCGAAAGUAUCAUCAUAUUCCCAAAGUGUUGCAUGCAGCAAUGAAAGAGUUGCUACUUGCCGUAUAUGGCGAACUUAAUGGAAGAACAAGAAGAUGGAUAACAGAUGCCUUGAAAUCUGUAUUACCAUUUGAUCAAGAAUUCCACAAAAAGGGGACACUUCAUUUACCAGCGCCAGCUAAAACUAAAUCAGAAGAACUCGAUAUUUGUAUAAGUGGAGUGAUAGAGAACGGGAGUGAAGUUUUGAGUUCCAAUUAUGCAAACGGAAAGAAAUGCUCCAACAAUACUUUCAAAAUAAAUAAUUGCGCGAAGUUUAUACGGUCACGUUUUCGUGGGAAUAUGCUACAGUUGGUCAAUAUAAUCGACAGGCUGAUGAACUCCAUCAUUAAGCCUGUCAUUCCAAAGGAAUUUUUAGUUGAUAAUCCUUGGCAUACGAGCGAAGACGUGGAUUGGUAUUGUCUCCAUCGUUAUCUUCUGCUUACAAUGGUGCCAUUAGGAAAUGGAAAUCACAAAAACAUUGGAAGAUUAAUGAAUCGCUGGUAUUUAGGUAAAUCAAAUAUUGACUAUUCUGAUGAGUUUAUUAUUGCUUUGCACAAUCAAGUUUCACGAACUUGA